AAUAGGAAGGGGGAAGGGAUAAGGAAAAUAACGCUCCACCUUGUCAGGCUAGAGUUGUAAAAGUCUUGUGUCCUGGCAACCACAGACAGCCUCUGAAAGGAAAUGAGGGCCUGCAUUUACUGAAUUUCUCAAUAACAAGUACAGCCAGGUUAGUGUUUGACACAGACAAGAAGGAAAUAUCUGUCAUGUACAGGUAGUGCCUGCGCAGUGAAAAGUGAUUAUGAAGCCGGCUGUCCAGUUACUUCUAGUUAUGCUAUAAUACAAGAUAAAGCAGCAUAAUCAAUUGCCAGACAAAACUGAGGGAACUGGAGCUGAAGAAAAUCAAAGCCCUUUAUUAUUUAUGUGGAGACCCAAGUCCUGAGAUAUGGAAUGUGUAAUUCAGUAACCCAUUAUCCAGAAAACUCUGAAAUACAGCAAGUAUUAAGUUCCAGCACAAGUUAAAACAACCAACGUGAUGCAGUCUCUCAAACUACAAUAGAGUAAUUAAGUAGUAAAAUGAAGAUCAAAAAUGGCCUGAUGUCUGAGAGCCAAGAGGAAAUGGGGCAAGAGGAAAAUAGGAAAACUCCAGAAAAGAGUGGCACACCAAGAAAUGGCACGGGCAGAACGGAGUGCAACACUGCAGGAGAGUCACAGGAAACACCUCUAAGGGGAAGAGUAAGGCAAAAGACUGAUAUUAAUAAAGAAGGGAAAACAAGAGCAAAGUCUCCUAACAAAUCAAAAACUCAAAGGGAAAUUGUAAAGUCUGCAACUAAUAUGACAAAAACAUACAAAGAGAAGAGUUUGUCUGUUGACUCCAAGUCUAAAGCAACAUCUGUGGCAAAGCAGAUACAUCAGAAUCUAACAAGCAGUAGGGGUGCAGAACCACAAGAUUCAUCCACAACUUCCAAAGCUGGAUUUGUUUGUGAUCUUGAACUACUGGAUGAGUCUAAGCCAGAAGCAGCUGCAGCAAAACUAAAAAGUCCCCCUGGGGAGAAGAAGCAUGAAGAUCCGAGAGGGCAAGGCCCAUUCUUUUAUAUUGGGGGUGGCAAUGGGGCACAACUUGUUACCGCUUACUGUGUUUCCAAAGGCUGGCAACGCAUCUAUGACAGCAAAAGAGAGGAUUACAGGCUGAAAUGGUGUGAGCUCAAGAGCUCCAACACAUAUUAUGUGUUUAAGGCAGGUGAACAACUUGUAUAUCAGAUACCCAACAACAAGCUACUUACAAGUAAAAUUGGGCUCUUGAACAGCCUGCGAGAAUAUGAACGAGUCAUGCAGAGGCUUAACAGAUUUCCUUUCCAUAAUAGGGUGCUGAAAAUGUCAGAUUUUUUCCCUGAAACUUUCCGCUUGGAUUUAAAGGAAGAGAGGGAGACUUUCUUUUCCCUUUUUAAAGAAGAAGAGACCUGGAUAUGCAAACCCACGGGACUGAACCAAGGACGAGGCAUUUUCCUGUUGAAAAGCCAAGAACAAAUCAGCACGCUUAAAUCUCAGUUUCAGGACUUGAAUGAUGAGUCUACAGUUAAGAAACCCAGGUUUAGGUGCCCCCAAGCUCGAAUUACCCAAAGGUACAUACCUAACCCUUUGCUUUUGGAUGAGCGGAAAUUCGAUGUUCGCUCAUACAUGGUCAUUGCGUCCACCACACCCUAUUUUGUGUUCUUCAGCCAUGGGUAUGUGCGUCUUACUUGUAACAACUAUGACCCCAAAUCUGAUGAUCUCACUGGUCACCUGACCAACCAGUACAUGCAAAAGAAGAACCCUCUGUACAGUGAACUGAAGGAGGAAACUGUGUGGGGAAUGGAAAGAUUCAAUAAUUAUGUAAAUGAAAAGUUUGCUUCUGACAAGGGAUUACCCCAGGACUGGGUGUUGAACAACUUCACGAAAAGGAUGCAGCAAAUCAUGAUGCACUGUUUCCUGUCUGUAAAGUCAAAACUUGACUGUCGCCUUGGAUUCUUUGACCUGAUUGGCUGCGAUUUCUUGGUAGAUGAGGAUUUUAAGGUGUGGUUACUAGAGAUGAACUGCAACCCAGCUCUGCACACUAACUGUGAGGUGCUAAGGGAGGUAAUCCCAGGUGUGGUUAAUGAAACACUAGAUUUGACUCUUGAAAUUUUCACCAAAAGCCAGAAAAACCAACAUAUUAUGCCCUUGAAUGCCCAAAACAAAUUUAUUUUACUGUAUAAUGGAGAAAACAAUGAACAUGCAGUGAAAUAUUUAAGGUCCAGAACCACUAGUCCAUCUAAGAACCCAAGCCCGCUACAAACAGAAAGCUGCCGGGAGCAACCAGUAAAGAACACAGAGAAAACACCUAAGAAACCCAAGUUUUCUUCAGACCAUGGGAUUGUUAAUGUUAUAAAACCACUUAAGUCUAAGACUGCUCAGAGAGCAACAUUAGCAGUAUCUCCAGUUCAGAUGACUGGAAAGUUUAGCGACUUUAUACCCCAUGCCAAUAAACCCAAAUACAGACAUGAAUUAAGAGCCAGCAGAAUGGAAGCAAUGCAGAAAAGUUAUGUUAUAUCAGCAACACCUCAGCUCAAUAACAUUACUGCCAAACCCAAAACUGUAGCCAAGAUUGUCUUUUCUGGCCCUCAGCGACUCCGUAUUCUUGAAAGCAGAUCUUAUCAGAACUUAAAUAAGAGCACACAUUUUCCACAUGUAAUUUGUCAGUGGACACCAAUGUAAACUCUCAUGUGGCCAAGAGCUGUCUCAGCAUGCAGCCUGAUGAUCCCAAGGUACUCGUUCUCAAAAUGGAACACACAAGGGAGGAGUUGGACAUGGAGUCUCCUGGGUAAUAAAAGUAGGAUCAAUUGAACACUAAGAACAAGAAAAAGAACCUACUUAAUCACAUGGAACAUAAUCCAGAAGUGUUUGAAAUCUGUCCCCUGAGGCCUAAAUUCUCAUCCAAAAAAACUUUAAAACCCAAUGUAUUUUGGGCAUUCUUUUACUGGUUUAUUCUUGCUGAAUCUCAUUGUUGAAAAUAAUUUGGGGGUAUACAGUAACAUUGUUGUUUAACUAGCAAAAUAAUUUGUUGACAUCUAAGUCAUUAAAAUGGGAAAAUUAUUAGUAUGUGUAUCUAUAAAAUAUGAUAAAAAAGAUUAAGAGAUAGAUAGAGGGUAGAUAGAUAGGUAGAUAGCAGUGGCAUAAUUCCAUGUUUCUGGACCCCAGAGCAAAUUCAGUUUAGGGCCCCACUGGUAAAUUGACAUAUUUUAUCAAUAUAUAUUGAAAUUGCUCACAAAUUAGGGCUUCAGUGGGCCUUGUACUAUCCUGCCCCCUCCCCGUUCGACUGCAAGGUCUGAUUCCCCUGUGUUACACCCUGGUAGAUAGAUUUCUGAAACCAUUAGGCCAAUUUUUAUUUUUGUGGUAUAAAGGGCCAAUAUUCUUCUUUUCAAUCACUCAACUGAUGAUUUUAAAUUAUUUUAUUUAUAAUAAAAUAUUGAGUCCUCUGCUCACAAGUAGUGAAUUUGUUAUCCAGAGACCUGUUAGGUAGAACACCCCAAUCUAUCAAUGCAGUUGUACAGGGUAUUGAUUACAUUAUUAGUUCUUCAGACUUUCUUGGUUCACUGUUCCUACAUUAUUUACAGUACACCAUUUGCUCGCAUAAGUUUACCAUGUCACACCAUAUCAUUCCAUUUAAACCCAUCUUUGUACCUAGGGUUUCUGUAGCAAAUUCACAACUGUUACCAGUGCAGGGCAAUAGUACAUUAUAUUUCAAUUACUUUGAUACAUUUUUCUUUAAGACAAUAUGAUUAUUCAUGCCAUCGACAUGAAUUUAAUUUAGUUAUCUUCAUUUAAAAGCUACUGUUUUAUUAAGUUUUAAUGAGAAGUGUUUGCUUAAAAAUGGCUGUAUGAAAAAUAUCAUUCCAGUAUUUUAAGGGCUUUCUGCAUAAUGGGUUUUUGGAAUAAAAAAUUUUAACCCUGA